AUGAAAUACAUAAAUGUUUCGAUUGUUGCCGCAUCCUUUACUUUGGUUAGUAGUGUUUAUGCCAUUCUACCAGAGCAGCAACCUCGUGCAGGUAGACUACCUUCAAAUUCAGAUUCUUCAGAUUCUUCGGAUCAUUCAGGCUCCUUGAUUGCUGCAGGUUCUUCAGGUUCUCUGAGCUCUUUGGAUUCUUCAAGUUCUUCGGGUGCUGCAAGUUCUUCAGAUGCUGCAGGUCCUUCAGAUGCUGCAGGUCCUUCGGGUGCUGCAGGUUUUUCGGGUGCAAUCAUUUUCAAGUCGACAAGCAAAUGCGAAAAAAUGUUGCAAAAGAUGAAGGAUAUUUCCAUGUCAUCGCAAGAAAUUGCAGCUAAAUAUCUAGGAACAGGCAAGCUUGUAAUUGACGACUUAAACUAUAAUCUUGACGAUGAAGACGGUGAAAGCAGUCAGGAUGGAGGUUGCGGCAUGUUACGACACGAGGACAGACAUAGGGUUGUUGGGAUACUCGUUUCCGUUAUAUUACCAUCACCAGGACUGCCAGAUUCAAAAGGAAGAUAUAAAUGUGGAGGCUCGAGUUUAUGCAGAUCUAAAUCGCUUAGACACAAAAUGAAAAAGAUCACGGAUGUACCUAGCAUAGCAUUGGCAGCUGCUGAAAGGACCGCUUCAAUUUACGGAUACGAGCUUGGGUCUGUUUUGGCCUCACUUUGGUCGUUCGCCAAAACGUGCCUUGAUUGGACUAGAAGUAACUUGAAAAGACUGAAAGGAAUCGUUUUAAAAACCAAGGAUGGCCCAACGCUGGAACUGUUUUCAAGGUUUAUCGAGCACUAUAAACGCAUUAAGUAUAUUUCUAAAAACGAAAAAACACAAUUAUACAGUAUAAUCAUGAAUUUAAACGAUGGUGUAAUCAGCGCUCUAGAUGCGAUUAAAGAAGUUAAAUCUAUAAUAGCUGAAGUUCAAGAUGGUUUAAAAGAUAUGCAUGCUUGGUCAUAUGGAACAGCAGUCAACACUUAUUUGAAGAAGGAGUCAUACGACCCGAGUCAUAUUCGAGUUAUAUUUGAGGAUUUGACUUUAAUUCAUAGGAAAAUGCAGGCAAGAGCACGGUAUCUAUAUAGAAAACUGGAGAGUGCUCCAUCAGAGAACUAAUGUGACUUAUUUUCGUAUUCAUGUAAAAUGGGAUACAUGUCACAGUACAUAAUAAACUACCGGUUUGUCAAAUUUAAUGUGUAAUAUUGUGU